GACGCACACACCAGCUGGCAUCAACACUUGACCUUCUCCCUACCAUAUUCAGUAUGGCGGGGGCAGAGCUCCCUAAAGACACAAAGAUCGAUGGAACCGACUUGUCCUCUCUGUUGUACAACAAGAAUGGAAAAAGUAAUCGCGACUGGUUUGCUUAUUUCCCCGAGUUUGCCAACGAGACUCAAGGACCGUAUGCACUGAGGUGGAAGUCGUACAAGGCUCACUACUAUACUCAAGGUGGUCUCUGUCCUAACGAUUAUCCGGAUGAGGUGUGUCGUUCCAAUACCCCCCUAGUUGCUCACGACCCCCCACUACUGUUCAACCUCAACGCUGACCCCGGGGAGCUCCGCCCACUGGACGCCACCAAAUAUAUAAGAGUGCUAGAGAAGAUAGAAAUGAUUCGACAACAGUUGCUGUAUGACUUAGAAUGGGAACAAUCUGAAGUGUUGAUGGGACAAGAUGACUCCGCCCAACCAUGUGCAGUACCCGGCUGCGAGCCAUUCCCAUACUGUUGCCGUAGCAACUUGUUGCAAGACAUCAGUCUUUAGCAUGGCUAUGAGUUAGAGUUACUUUAAUUUGUACUGGUUACCCAAAUGACCUGUUGUAGUUUAUCAUUUCAGUUUGUAUAAUUUAUAGGGACUAUUAUAAUAGGAUGAUUAUUCC